AACCUUUCUCCUCUCUGAUAUUUUUUCUUUUUUGGAUUAUGAUUAUGAUAUUCCUCUAAAAAUAUUCGCCCCAAUUCCGAUUCUGCCCUUACGCGCCUGCCCAAAUCCUCUCCCCUGUCUUCUUCUACCCCUCACACCUUAUAUAGAAAAGUGUGAUUUUUCUUCUCUCUCGCUCCCUCUUCAGACAAUACAAAACCUUCGCGUUCUCUUUCAUGGCGGAUUGUUAAGGUUAUUUUUUUAGUUUGAGAACUUCCAUUGAUCUGUAUUGAGUUUCAAUAUGCCUGAAUUCGUCAUGGAUGGAGUCAAUGGUGAGGGCGUAGUGAGUGAAGUAAAUAACAAUUCCGCGCCUAUUAAGGAAAGUUUGGCCCUUAGUAGGUCGCCGAAAAGUACCUUGAGUUCCCAAAGCGCUCGGAGUGAUGUUCUUGAUAUGCCUUUGGACGACAUGGUUAAUACCUCUAUCGAGCAGCUUUAUGAUAAUGUCUGUGAGAUGCAGAGCUCUGAUCAGUCACCGUCCAGGAUUAGCUAUGUGUCUGAUGGUGACGAAUCAAGGCUUGAUUCUGAGUUACGCCAUCUUGUUGGUGGAGAUAUGAGGGAAGGGGAUAUAGUGCAAGAGGAGGUGGUGAAACCAGACGAGGGUAAUGGAAAUGAUUUAGUUUUUAACCAAGAUAAUAGGUCUGCUGAUAAAGCGUCCAGGACGACUAAUAAUACUCAGUCCACCAGUACCAAGUCUACUUCUUCAGUAAAACCAAAGAGACCCUCCCGAUUGCAGGUGGAUUCCAAGGCAUCUGCAAAAUCAAGUCCUAGGAACAAAACACCACAUGAGAAGCCUCCUGUUGAUAAAUGGGGUGAUAAAAAUUCAAUAAAACAACAUACUGGACUUUCCCCUGUGAAGAAGCAGAGAAAUUUUGCUCUAGGAGGGACAAAUUUACCAAAUGGAGUCAAGGAUCUAUUACAAGCAAGCCUAGACAACCCUGAUCUUGGGCCUUUUCUACUAAAACAAGCAAGGGACUUGAUUUCUUCUGGUGAUAAUCCCCAGAAAGCACUUGAAUUUGCCCUUCGAGCAGAAAAAUCAUUUGAAAUAUGUUCAAAUGGGAAACCCAGUUUAGAACUGGUCAUGAGUUUGCAUGUUAUAGCAGCAAUACACUGCAGCUUAGGCCAGUAUAAUGAGGCAAUUCCUGUUCUCGAGCGUUCAGUUAAGAUUCCGGUGGUGGAAGAAGGCCAGGAUCAUGCCCUUGCUAAAUUUGCUGGGCAUAUGCAGUUGGGUGAUACAUAUGCAAUGUUAGGCCAGCUUGAGAACUCCAUAAACUGCUACACAAUGGGUUUGGAGGUCCAGAAGCAAGUGUUAGGGGAAUUGGACACAAGAGUUGGUGAGACUUGUCGCUAUUUGGCUGAAGCUCAUGUUCAAGCACUGCAAUUUGAUGAGGCUGAGAAGCUCUGUCAGAUGGCUCUUCACAUCCAUAGAGAGAAGGGUACACCUGCUUCUCUUGAGGAAGUGGCAGACAGAAGGCUCAUGGGUCUUAUUUGUGAUACAAAGGGAGACCAUGAAGCAGCUCUUGAGCAUCUUGUUUUAGCUAGCAUGGCCAUGGUGGCCAAUGGCCAAGAAACAGAGGUUGCUUCUGUUGACUGUAGCAUUGGAGACACUUAUUUAUCAUUGGCUCGGUAUGAUGAGGCUGUUUUUGCUUAUCAAAAAGCCCUCACUGUGUUGAAGUCCAGUAAAGGAGAGAACCAUCCAGCUGUUGCUUCUGUCUUUGUCCGUCUGGCUGAUGUAUAUAACAAGACAGGGAAAAUAAGGGAGUCCAAGUCUUACUGUGAGAAUGCCUUAAGGAUUUAUGGGAAGCCUAUUCCAGGGGUACCCCCAGAGGAGAUUGCUAGUGGUCUGACUGAUGUUUCUGCUAUCUAUGAAUCUAUGAAUGAACCCGAGCAGGCACUGAGGUUGCUUCAGAAGGCUUUAAGGAUAUAUGACAAUUCUCCUGGUCAACAAAACACAAUUGCAGGCAUUGAGGCCCAGAUGGGAGUUAUGUACUAUAUGAUGGGGAACUAUAAUGACUCAUACAUUUCCUUGAAAAAUGCUAUUACAAAGCUUCGGGCAAGUGGGGAGAAGAAGUCUGCUUUCUUUGGGAUUGCUCUAAAUCAAAUGGGCCUUGCUUGUGUUCAGCGUUAUGCAAUAAAUGAGGCUGCAGAUUUAUUUGAAGAAGCAAGGAAUAUUUUGGAACAAGAAUAUGGACCAUAUCAUCCUGACACAUUAGGAGUUUAUAGCAACCUCGCUGGUACCUAUGAUGCAAUGGGCAGGUUAGAUGAUGCCAUUGAGAUUUUAGAAUAUGUGGUUGGGAUGAGGGAGGAGAAGCUAGGGACGGCGAAUCCUGAUGUUGAUGAUGAGAAAAGGAGGUUGUCUGAGUUAUUGAAAGAAGCAGGUAGGGUGCGGAGCAGGAAAGCCAGAUCACUAGAAGCUCUCCUUGAUACCAAUUCUCAUUCAACAGAGAAAGAUGUCAUAAAGGUAUAAUUAUGUUGGCGAUGUAUGAAAGCAUGUAUGUAGAAUAGGAUAUUAAAAAGAAAAAGGUUAGGUGAUGGGUGCUUUCCUUAGAUUCUUUUUGGGAAGGAUGAAGGAGAAAAUAAUUGAAGGGAGGGGCUUUUGGUUGCAAAUUGCAAUAAUUGAUUAUAUUAUUUUUCGGCGGGGCAAAGGUGGUUGUAUUUGCAUUUCAUUGCUCCAAGGAGUUGAUGAAAUUCCUUUGUCAGGUCCUGAUUUUGUAUUCAAAGAAUGGAGGAAAUUCCUCCCCCCCCCCCCCCUCUCUCUCUCUCUCUCUCACUCAUUUACAGUACAGGUGUUAAGUUAUACCAAAUGAUUGAAGAAUGAAGCAAUAGUCCUGUUAGAUUUGA